AUGCUCACUAGCAACCGUUCACAGCACUCUCAGCGGUCUGAAAACGUCCCUAUUGGGAAGGAGGGUCAUGCUGUGAUGGAAACCCGUAAACGGGAGGUGUUCAUGGACCUCAGCAACACUUCGAACUUUCUGCCUGCUCACACGGGCGCGGCCUCGCGAGGCAAGGCACGAUUAGGGGACGAUCUUGAUGAUACUAUCAUGCAGGGCACCACACCGGCUAGAAUGGAGUCCAUGAGCCCAGUGAUUGACUGGAAGGACACCAUCCCCCCAGAGGAUCGUCAAGAUCUCGGCGACCCUCAGUUCGUGGCGGAAUAUGUCAACCCUAUCUUUGUCAAUAUGAACGGCGUUGAACAAAAAUACAGGCAAUCCAGCGACUACAUGCAGAGGACCCAGAAUGAUAUCACUCAGCGUAUGCGUGCAGUUCUGAUCGAUUGGUUAGUUGAGGUCCAUUGGAAGUUCAAGUUGGUUCCUGAGACGCUCUACUUAACGGUUAACUUGAUUGAUCGCUACCUUGAGCAGUGUCCUAAUCUCCCACGUACACGACUGCAGUUG